AUGGUGCAGAUGAGGGUUGAGAAGCUCAGCUGUGCGCUCACCGGCGGCCGGCCAGUCGCGCCGCCCUCACGCACGCUCUCAAACGGCCUGGGCGCCAUGAGGCCGGCGGUCAAUGGGCCUCCGAGGCCCGGGCAGCCGGCACCAGGAGGGGGCAUCGCGCACCUCGGGCUCGGGUCGACCUCGUCUCCCACGCUCGGCACGCCCGCCCUGGCGGCGGCGCUGCGCGCGCCCAAGCCCGGCGCGGGAGGGGGACACGCCUGCCUGAUGUGGUCCGGCCGGCCAGCCUCCGGGAUUGCCGAGUCGAGCACGACCCCGGUCGCCCCCAUCGAGAGGCUGCUCAGCAAGUCCGCCUCGAGCAUCUCGCUAUCGUCGCGGAGCGAGGCGCCGCCGGCAAGGGGCGAGCUGGCGAGGGGCGAGGCGGGCAGGGGUGAGGGGGCGCUGAGGAGCGACGGCAGAGCGGCGAUCGAUACCACUGCCGCCGCGGCAGUCAGCGCCGCUGCGCGAGGUUCGGGCGGCGGCAGCGCCGCGCCUCCGGGCGGCAGCAGCGCGCCUCUGGGUGGCAGCAGCGCGCUGCCAGAGGAGUUCACCGGCGGCGGCGGGGUGCCCCCCGAGGACGUCAUCAUCAUCCACGUGCGCGACGAGGGCCGUCGCGUGAACCGCGACUUUUACUGCUCGCGGGAGUUGCUCCUCGAGCACAUGCACUAUUUUGCGAGCUACCUGGCAGACGACCGGCGGCACGAGGAUGUCGACAUCUCGGUCCACUGCGACGUGCACAUCUUCGAGUGGCUGAUGGAGUACAUCCACCAGCCGUCCGCGCCGCCUCUGCUCGACCCCUCCUCCGUCGUCUCGAUCCUAAUCUCGGCCGACUUCUUGCAGAUGCCCGACCUGGUACAGCUGUGCCUCGCCUACUUCAAGCAGAACGCCUCCGACGUCCUCAGGCUGCCCAUCGACCUCUCCUGCCUCAACGACGAGCUGCUGAGCGAGCUCGCGAAGCUCUUCCAGCCGGACGAGCUCGAAAAGGUGAGGGACAAGAAGGACAAGCUCGUCUCGCGGCUCUACGACGCAAAGAUCGAGGCGCAGCUCGCUCCAGACACGGCGGUGCUCCACCGCUGCACCUACUGCCACAAGCUCUUUGCCGACGGCCAGCGCGAGUGGGAGACGUGCCCCAAGGCGCCGGUGAUGAUCGACUUCCACGGAAACGCCAUCUCCGAGCACGUCGCCGACCGCGCGUGGGACAUGCGCCGGUGGGUCGCCGCGACGAGGCGCGCCAAGCAGUACUCGGCGCGCGACCUCUACUGGAAGAUUUGGUCCCUCGUCCACUUCCUCACCUGCUCGGUCUGCGGUCAGCCCUUUCCGCUCGCAGAGCUGGAGCACUGCACCUACCACCCGCAGCAGCCCACCUUUGCAAAUGGCGACAACUGCGGCACCUACCCCUGCUGCGGCCAGCCGGCGCUCCGCUUCGACCUCUCGGCGGGCCGGCGCCGUCUUGGCUGCUGCGCCAAGCGGCACACGCCUGACCUUCGCGGACGGCUCCUGGCCGGCGGGGCCGAGUCGUGUCAGCGAAAGUGGCUUCUGGAGACCGCCCUCGCCCACGCGGACCUCGUGCUGACGCCCUUCGAGCCGUCGAGCCCCGGGAAUCCUCCCGCAGAGCAGUCCGGCGUGGGGCAGAGCGGCGCUAGCUCCGAGUCGGACGAGGAGCCCUUCGCUCUGAAGCCCCCAACAGAAGCCAGCGACGCAGACUCCGACAGCCGGGUGACGAGUGAUGACGAUUCGGACGCCGAUUCGGUGUCCGAUUCCGGCGGCAGCUCGUCGGCAGCAGCCCAGUCCGACGACGACUCGCACGAGCCGGCCGACACGCCCGGCGGGGCAGCCGCGGCGUUCGGCUCCACCGACGCGCCCGGCCUGGCCAACCCCACGCCCGGCCUGGCCGCCGGCACGCCCGGCUCGAUGGCCGCCCUCCCGAGCGCCCUCGCCGCCGCAUCAUCUUUAGCAUCCCGGGCAGAGGUGGCGCGAACCGCUGGGGGGAGCGGAGCGUGGCGCGUUGACUCGCAGCAGCACGAGGACCAGCAGCGGCUCACGCGCCUGUGCUGGGCGCUGGAGGCGCAGCGGCAGGACGCGGGCCCGGUGUGCAAGGACGUUCCGCACGGCGACCGGGCCCCCACUCUGAGCGAGAGGAAGGCGUUCUUUCUCGACCGGCGGUUCAUCAUGCAGCUGUCGCGUAGCGGCGCUGUGAGCGUGGUCUGGCCGAGAUCGAGCGCGACCGCAGUCGGAAAGCGUGAGCCAUUUGUCGCGUCUCGCUGA